CGCUCUUCGGCGGUGCGCGUCGUCGCAAGUGGGUGCAGACGUCAGACACGAAGCACGAGCACUGGCGCCAGCACCAAGCACACCAGCAGACGGACUGGGUGGAUGAUUGACUCUCCUCAUGAACAUGUCCCUGCUCAUACAACGCUCUCUUGUUGUCACAUCGCAGACUCGAUCCGAAGGCUCGAUCCUGGUGAAAUUCGACGCGUUGGUUAGCGCUUCAUCAUAUGUCGAGUGAGAUAUCUGGACCGCCGAGACCUCUAGUGCUCAACGAGAAUCGCCGCCUCGUGCUAGGCGACAGUGUGCAGCGUCAUAUCACACGGCAUAUCUCACGAAUUAGACUAUUAUUGACCGCCUCACGCGUACUCAUACGCGUACCUCCCUCGACAUGGUCAUGGAAACAUUGACUGCGACCAACUGCCUGACUUCAUUGCACGCGCAAGCCGCAGAUCCCCGCGCGUCGCAGCCUCUGAUGUCGACACGCGCCAUACAGGCCGGAGAGUCCCAGUCAUAUCCGCCAGCAUCGCAAGAUUCCGCCAUCACAGUAUCAACGGCCAGCGAUGCCGAUAGCAUUCCACCUCGGCUACAUAGCGUCGGGAGCGGUCUGUCGCAAUUCUCAAAUUGCACCGAGCCCAGCACGUUGUCGUCAAGAUCCGAGAGGUUGGAGUAUGUGAAAGAUGGCGCACAGAUACCCACAUACCCGCAGCUUUCACAAGGGCCACACGAGGGAGAGCACACCACUCCCAUAUAUCUUGGCCGAGAGAGUGCUGUGACAAGUCCCAUGAGUCUGGCGUCGCCUGUCACGACGAACGGUACCAAGAGAACGGCCAGCGGUCACAUCAAGACCACGUCCACCGCUUCGAUCAGUCUGAACUCGGUCAUCACUAAUGGUCGCAGCACUAGGCGGGAUUCAACGUCGUCCACUGGUAGCCGUGCCAGCGAGCUGGCUGCUAGUCUCCGGACACGACUUAGCUAUGCAAUGGCCAAAGUCCAACAUGGAUGGGAACAUAAAUCGAUAGGUGAAGUCGAGCAGCUAGCGACCCGCAAGACUUCCACCCAUCGGCAUAGCAUUUCUCUGGUCGGUCGGCCAACAAGCCGUCACGGAUUCGGCCAAAGUGCUCCACAGUAUUUCAUUCACGAGCCCUAUGGCAGCGCAACACACGACAGCACUACAUCGCCGCCGUCCAAGCGGCAUUCCAAUAGCCAUGUAUCGCAUAGGAGGGGCCUUUCCCUAGGCCAGUCCAUCCAAUUGCAACCUGCAGCAGACAUCCGACCAACGACGGGCUCGCGCAUGCAUUAUUACCCGCCUCCACCUCUCAAGCAUGCAAGCAGUAUGUCGCCGCCCCGAACGCCCGCGCAAAGGCAACCAAGACGCCCGCCUACUAUACGUACCGAGACGCAAACUGCGGAAGCAGAGCGUGACGCACUCCAAGCACUUUUCCAGCUCGGCUCCCCUCGCACAGCGCAAGGGACGUCGUUCUUCCCCGCGGCCAGUCAGUCAACCUCUGCCCAAACCUCUCCAUUAAGAUCGGAAUUUCCUACUCCACGAAGAGUUGCUUUUGCCCGGAGUGAUAGCGACAACAGUAGUAUGAGACAUUCUAGUUCGGAGAGUAGUUUACAAGAAGCUAGAGAUCGAAUCAUGGAUCGUGCAGAGCGGCACGAUGGCGCAUGGAGUGGACGAUGAGGCAUCUUUCUGCAUAUAGAUGACUAUACUUGAUGAUCACAAUCAUGACCAAGGUGACUGAUCCCUCACGUUCAACAUCUCACCCUUUUGGGUUAUGUAUAGUCGUAGACCCUGUGAAAUCGUGCAUCCACAGGCCCAAUACGCACGAACACAAGAAUAGAAGAUCGACUUCGUGUAAUAUGCUGGGCAUAAUCUGCUGUUACAAUCCUCACUUUUGUCAGGUUCUUGGGCAAAUCACGGAGUCAAUCUUGCAUGACGGAGAAGAGAUUUCACAAAGGUCCGACUUCGAUGAACUUCAACAUUCGCUCAUGCAUACCUACCUAGGUAGGUGGUCUGCCAAGAGUGCAAUUCGUAGCCACAUACUGUACGAUAUCAGCAGCGCAGGAUGA